UCCUUCCCUUGCGAUAGUGCUGUGUCCUGCAUACACAUGCGAAAGCCUAAUAAAACAGCAAUUUGCCCUGACCUUCCCGUGGCUAUGUGCAUGAUGCCGAGCUGUCUGCAGCAACAUCUAUCGUAUCUAUGAUUAGCAUGUGCUAUUGUGGCUCGAUGCUUAAUUUCCAUCCCUUAAUAUUAAAAGCAGCAAUCCUUCCAAACGCUUGUUUCAGGCUUCCAGAUUCUGUGUUUUAUCGAUUCAUUUCCCGUGGUAGCUGACUGCAUCGGUGCCCUCCCACAUUUCUGUCCAGGUUAAUCUCGAAUCGGUUCUAAUCUUCCUUCACAUUUUGGUUGUUCACUACUCCCUUUCUUUUUUGGUCUAAAGAACGAACAACAACAACAAUGUCCAAGACUUUUACCUCAAAAUCUUUAGGCCAUCUUGGCUCCUAUAGCUUCGUCCAGUCGGCCAAGUCAUACGUUUUGUCUUACAGAUAUUUUGCUGUCUUAGCAAAUUACUUGGUUGCUCUCAUCAACUCCAUACAAAUGAAUGUGGUAGCCAAGUCUCCCCUUGUAAGGGACUUCUUGAAGACCAGUGAUGCUAAAUUCGAUGCGGUGGUGCUUUGUAAUAUCGAUGCUGUUCUCGUCUCAGAAUCUUACAAAAAGAUUGAAAAGAGAUUGGUGACUUUCAAAGAAAGGGUAGGCGAGGUGGCCCGUACCUACCGGGCAAAAGGGGCUCAAGCAUUUUUUGCUUUCGUGUCUAAAGUAAAGACCCUUGUUUCCCCAUAUAAGAAACAAGCCACUGCCUACGCCGAAAACGCUCUGUGUGUGGUUGUUGAAUACAAGAAGAAAGGUGAGGAGACUGUGUCUGCGUAUUUGAAGCCAGUCAAUGACUUUGCAUCUUCUGCCUUGGACAAAGUGUUACCAAAAAGCAAGAAGACCACCGAUGAAUCCAAAACUAGUGCCGAGACUGAGUUAGCCAAAUCAAUGGAAAUUGUCAACGAUACGUACGAGAGAUCUAGGGACUUGAUCAGCUCCAAGUCUAGCGAAGUCACAAGCGUUGUUUUAUCUACCUACAAUAGGGAAUUUGACUCAACUGCCGACAAGAACUACUACGUCAAAGUGGCAUCUGCGUCUGUCAACACCGGUGUGGCCUUGUUAAAGAACGUCAACUCCGAUUACAUUCAGCCGUUGAAGGAGACCACUCAGAGCUACGUUCAGGAGUCAAUCACAAACGCUGAGGAAAAGGCCGAGGAUGUCGUGUCCGAAACAACGAACGCAGUGGAGAAUGUGAGUGUGAAGUUGAAUGGCUCACUGAAUGGUGCGAUUCCGGUAGUAAGCGCAUCUGCCUGAGCAUGACCAUGCAAUUCAAUACCAUUCGUUCCACGCCUUUCUAGCUGCUGACUAGGAAGUAGCUCUGAGCUACAUGAUGUACGCUACAUUCCAGAAAAUCCAAUUGCUGUUUCCUUUUGUUUAAUCAAGUAGAGGCUGGUUCGUAAACUAGUCAUGUCUCCGAACUGCAAUCUACUUUUAUUUUGAAUCAUAUGUUUUUAUAUUGAAUGAACUAAAUGCAAACUCUUUUAUGGGGAGUAGCUUCUGCAUCGAGCGAACGCUUUUUGAAAAGCAGAUUCACCUCUGGAAGCGGAGUCGUGACAACCUUAGUGCCGAUGUGAUUGGCAUAGUACUGUUUAAACUGCACUUUGAUUUCACGUAACAGAUUAUCAUCCAUACGUUCUAAGAACCUUUUCCAACGACACAAUUUCUGUGCGUUUUCGUUUGUGGUACACCAAGUAAGUACGCCUAAACCGACGUGAUGCAAGGAGAUGAAUUCGUAACCAAAAAUCAAAAGUAC